AAAACAGUCCCACCGGAAGUCUACCCCUCAUUAGCGGAAGUGGGCUGCUAGCUUCAGGAAAUCAGUUGGUGGAAAAAGAUUUCCUUUCUGCCUUCAGACCUGCCCUGCACUUAAUUAAACGUUGACCGGGGUACCACGAAACGGUGACCAAUGGAUCGCAGGCUUACAUUAGUAAGUUUGCGUCGAUAGCAAGCUCGGCUGCCGAGGCGCCGGGCCGGGCCGGAACCAGAACCAGGCCUGGACCCGGACUAACGGUCACCAGCGGCGCGGCGACACCGGCGGUGUGGUGCGUUUAUGGGUCGGUGGGCAUGCAGUGUGGGGGCCAACGGGGAGUUUUUCCGGUGAGUCCGAGGCCACUUGUGGUGCUUCAGAGUGGGUGUGAAGGCUUGAAGCUCGAAGAUGGCAAAGCUGGAAUAUAGCCAGUCGCGAGCUAGCUGUAACGCCAGCUAACGGCGGAGUUAACGGACAUCAACGUCUGUCUACUCGCCAACAAGUCAGACAGUGUUAUAAAAGUAUGCGCGUGAAACUCGAAUCAGUGUGAAUAAGCUCGGGUUACUGUAUUUUGGCAACCUGUUCCAGAUUGCUCGCUAGCUCUUUUUAAGCCCCGAUAAAUGUUUAUGGAGCGAGUAUAGCAGCGAAGCUACGUCGUUAGCUGCUAAACUAGCCAGCCUCCACCGCCCCAAUGAAAGAAUACAAAGUUGUCGUGCUGGGCAGCGGCGGCGUCGGGAAGUCCGCGCUCACCGUGCAGUUUGUCACCGGCACCUUCAUCGAGAAGUACGACCCGACCAUCGAGGAUUUCUAUCGAAAGGAGAUCGAGGUGGACUCGUCUCCCUCCGUGCUGGAGAUCCUGGACACGGCGGGGACGGAGCAGUUCGCCUCCAUGAGGGACCUCUACAUUAAGAACGGACAGGGCUUCAUCCUGGUCUACAGCCUGGUUAACCAGCAGUCAUUUCAGGACAUCAGACCAAUGCGAGACCAAAUAGUGCGAGUGAAGCGCUUUGAGAAGGUGCCAUUGAUCCUGGUCGGCAACAAAGUCGACCUGGAGUCCGAGCGUGAGGUCAACGGCUCGGAUGGAAGAGCUCUGGCUCAGGAGUGGGGAUGCCCUUUCAUCGAGACCUCUGCCAAGAGCAAGACCAUGGUGGACGAGCUUUUUGCCGAGAUCGUGCGACAGAUGAAUUACUCCACGCUGCCCGAGAAGCAGGAGCAGUGCUGCACGGCCUGCGUGGUGCAAGCAAUUACAUAUGUCUGGAUCUCCACAAACCUUUUGAAUGAACCUGGGGACUCCCUGACGCUGAACCUGUCUGACACACACCUCCCACCCCGGGUGACGGCUCUGCUCGCGGGGGCUUCUGCCUGACACAGAGCCUCUGGCGGCGCGGCGCCGGCCCUAUUUUUGAUAUACUGACUGUUGGAGGACGCUCCCGCUGCAACCUCGCCGGCCUUCACGACGACCCAGGAUGCGGUCAGAAAGACUGACGUUUAAGAGCAGCCCUCUGUGAAUCUCUCAUUGUUUUCCUUCUUCUAGAUGGAAGUAUCCCUGAAAUACUACACAGGAUUGUUUUGUGAGGUUGCAGCUUUUUUUUUUUUUCUUCUUUUUUUAAGAGCUUUAAUCGUUAUCAUAUUCUAUAUUAUUACAUGUAUUAUGGCUCAUACGGAAUUUGAUAAAAGUAUUUCAUUAUAUUAAAGAUUUUGACUUUUAAGCAUGCAUACUUACGUUGGUGUGCAGCUCUUCACCUCAUUCUGAAAACUUUCUCCUUAGAAGUUCUCUGGCACAAACUUCAGUAUGUGCUUUUUAUGUUAUUUCUUUUUUUUUUUUUGGGGACAGUUAAACAGGGUGUGUGACAUGGGAUUAAGCCAGAAAAAUUUCCAUGAAGAUUUUUCAUUAUUUUUUAAACUGACUUUAGUAACAGGAAGCAGCUGAACUCAUCUGGAAACACGCAAGCUCCAAAGUGAAAAUGUUUGAACAACCAGAGCAACUUGAAGCAAUGAAGAUGAGCCUUUAUUAGUUUUGUUUUUAGCUUGAAUUUUGUCAUGGUUUCUUAAAGGCAUGGCUCACAUGGACGCAGGUCUUCCAUUCUCAGUUUUACUAAAGAGUGUGUAGAUUUUGGAACGACCAAAGUAAGCUAACACUCCAUAUUUGUGUUUCAGGAGAUGCUUAUUUCUUGUUGUCAAAUAACUCCCGCUGCGAUGUGGUUUGAUAAAAUGUCUGGCACAGUUAAUCAGAUUUAACUUUGUAUUUUUCAUUUUAUUACAGUACGUAUUUAUUAAAGAGAUAACGACAUGGGUAGCCAGUUUUAAACUUAUAGUUUUGUACUAGCCUUUGCUUUUUGUGAGUUUUCAGGAUAAAUGGUGUUUCUCUUUUUCUCUUUUAAGCUGAGAUUUUAACAAAGCCUUAAAAUUUCUGUUGCACCCUGCUGUCACUUUUUUUCCUCCUUUGAAGAUAAAUGGCUGUAAUCAUUUAAAAAUAAACAUGCUGGAUUGUC